ACGUAAAGUCGCCAGUCCCCUUAAAGCCCAAAGUCGAGCUUUGUUUGCCCCCUUUUUAUAGAAAUCGUACUUAUUGCAUCAACAUUUUACUUUUUCCCUCCUCUCAUUUCUCUUCUCCUCUCUGCAAAUACACGCAUUUGAUCUCUGCAAAAACACCUAAAAACACACACAGUUACACUUUCUCUUUGUCUCUACAUGUAUGUGAUAAUUAUCGGCGCUUCGUGAAUUUGUCGGAUUCUAACGUCAUCACCGUUUUCCGGUCACCGGAUUUCUAUUUUUCCGUGAUUGAAUUUUUUUUCUGUUCGGAAUAUUUGAUCGGAAAUUUCUGUGGAGCUUUUAGAAGGUUGAGAAUUUUGUUGAAAUUGAAUUUAAGGUUAGUGCACAGCUGCUUUGGGACUGAAUGCUUCAAGCAUAGAUUUCAAAUUCGAGCAGUGCUUGUUUAACAAGAUAGACCAAAUUUCACUCUAUAAUCAUGCCGUCAAGAUCUUGUGCCAAUCUUUUGGACAUGGCAUGUGGAGACAUACUAGAUAUACCGACACCUAGAGCUCUUCCACGUGUGAUGACAGUUCCUGGAAUCAUCACAGAUGGUCAUGGAAGCAGUGAUGGUGAUUCAGAUAGUAUGUUAUCCUCAUGCCGAGAGCGAAAAAUUAUUGUUGCAAACAUGUUGCCUUUGCAUGCUCAAAGAGAUACAAUGGUUAAAAAGUGGUUGUUCAGUUUGGAUGAGGAUUCUCUUCUAUUGCAAUUGAAGGAUGGGUUUUCCCCUGAAACUGAGGUUGUCUAUGUGGGUUCUCUCAAGGUUGAUAUUGAACCCAGUGAACAGGAGGAAGUUGCUCAGCGACUUCUUGACGAGUUCAAGUGUGUGCCUGCUUUUGUACCCCAUGAUAUCCAGGAAAAGUUUUAUCACAACUUCUGUAAGCAGCAACUUUGGCCUCUUUUCCACUACAUGCUUCCAAUGUGUCCUGAUCAUGGAGAUCGUUUUGACCGGCAGAUGUGGCAAGCUUAUGUCUCUGCGAAUAAGAUUUUCGCUGAUAAGGUUAUGGAAGUCGUUAAUCCUGAGGAUGAUUAUAUCUGGAUUCAAGAUUACCACCUCAUGGUUCUCCCAACAUUUUUGAGGAAGCGCUACCAUCGGGUCAAGCUAGGUUUCUUUCUUCAUAGUCCAUUUCCUUCGUCAGAAAUUUACCGAACUCUUCCUGUUAGGGAUGAAAUUCUGAAAGGGUUGUUAAAUUGCGACCUAAUUGGCUUUCAUACCUUCGAUUAUGCACGUCACUUUCUGUCAUGCUGCAGUCGAAUGUUGGGUCUAGAUUAUGAAUCUAAACGAGGACAUAUUGGACUUGAUUAUUUUGGUCGUACAGUCUACAUUAAAAUUCUGCCUGUGGGCAUACAUAUGGGUCGACUAGAGUCUGUGAUGAACUUUUCUUCUACUUUUGAUAAAGCUAAAGAAGUUCAAGAAAAGUUUAAGGGGAAGAAGGUAAUUCUGGGUGUGGAUGAUAUGGACAUAUUCAAAGGCAUUAGUUUGAAAUUGCUAGCAUUUGAGUACCUACUACAGCAGGACAAGAACUUGCAGGGGAAACUUGUUCUUGUUCAAAUAGUAAACCCCGCUCGUAGCUCGGGCAAAGAUGUUCAGGAAGCAAAGAGGGAGACAUAUUCAACUGCUGAAAGGAUCAACCAAAUUUACGGUAGAUCUAAUUAUGAGCCUGUUAUUUUGAUUGAUCGUCCGGUUCCUCGCCAUGAGAAGACUGCAUACUAUGCUGUUGCUGAAUGUUGCCUAGUGAAUGCUGUGAGGGAUGGAAUGAAUUUAGUGCCUUACAAGUAUAUUGUUUGCAGGCAAGGUUCUCCUGGUAUGGAUGAUGCUAUGGGUAUUAAAGCUGAUUCUCCUAGAACUAGCAUGCUUGUUGUGUCAGAAUUUAUUGGUUGUUCACCAUCUCUGAGUGGAGCAAUUAGAGUAAAUCCAUGGGAUAUUGAAGCUGUGGCUGAGGCUUUAAAUGUUGCCAUUACAAUGUCUGAUUCCGAGAAACAACUUCGUCACGAGAAGCACUACCGCUAUGUAAGCUCUCAUGAUGUAGCUUACUGGGCUCGCAGCUUUAUUCAUGAUUUGGAAAGAGCUUGCAAAGAUCAUUAUAGUAAGCGUUGCUGGGGCAUUGGUCUUGGCCUGGGCUUCAGAGUUAUUGCACUUUCUCCAAGUUUUAGAAAGCUGUCUAUUGAUCACAUGGUCUCCUCAUAUAGGAAGACACAGAGAAGGGCAAUAUUCUUGGACUAUGAUGGCACUGUUGUACCUCAGUCAUCAUUGAUUAAAGCUCCAAGUGCUGAAGUUAUUACGCUGUUGAAUUCUUUAAGCAAUGAUCCUAAAAACACAGUGUAUAUUGUUAGUGGAAGAGGAAGGAGUUCAUUAAGUGAAUGGCUUGCACCAUGUGAAAGGCUUGGAAUAGCUGCUGAACAUGGGUAUUUCAUAAGGGGUAGUAAAAUGUCGGAUUGGGAAUGUUUGGCUUCUGAUCUCGAGUGGAAACCGAUUGUGGAACCCGUUAUGAAACUAUACACAGAAGCAACGGAUGGAUCAUAUAUUGAACCUAAAGAGAGUGCUUUGGUGUGGCACCAUCAUGAUGCGGACCCAGACUUUGGCUCCUGUCAGGCAAAGGAAUUGUUGGAUCAUUUGGAAAAUGUACUAGCAAAUGAACCUGCAGUUGUUAAGAGGGGCCAACACAUUGUCGAAGUCAAGCCACAAGGUGUGACUAAAGGAUUAGUGGCACAAAAGGUCCUCUCAAUUAUGGUUGAUAAUGGGAAGCCACCUGAUUUUGUUAUGUGCAUUGGAGAUGAUAGAUCAGAUGAGGACAUGUUUGAGAGCAUAUUAAGCAGUGUAUCCAGUCCGUCGGUCACUGCUGCCCCAGAUAUCUUUGCCUGCACUGUUGGGCAAAAGCCAAGCAAAGCCAAGUAUUACCUAGAUGAUACUGCUGAUGUUCUUAGACUGCUCCGAGGUCUUGCUAAUGCAUCUUGUCCAAAGCCAAGACAUACUGCUCAUUUCCAGGUUGCAUUCGACUCUGUUCUGUGAGAAGGCAAAGUAGUUGGUGGUUGGGCAUGUACAUGGUUUUACUUUUGGGGUUUAUUUUUUACCGAUGAGGAGUAUAUCCUUUCGGCAAUCUUAACUUUAUGUGAUGGAUAGCUGGACUCAGGCCUGACUGUUACCAGGUUAUGCUGCAUUCAGGGCCUGAAAUUACCUUUGAUGGUGACUACUUUUUCUGUAGAUUCCAUCAUUGGGGAAAAACAUUUAAUAGAAGUACAGUUUUGCAGUAGUCAUGAUGCCCUGAAUGAUUAACAAACACCAUUGCGUUUGUAUAGAUACAUUUAUCUCUUUAGCUUAAUGACUGGUUUAAGUUUCACCAAGUGGAAAGCUGCUAACAACGCUUGAUGCCAUUUUGUACUGAAUGAGUUCGCUUGAACAUGUACAUAGUACUAAGACUUUUCUGGAAUAUCUUCUCGAAAUGUCUUUACUAGUUCAAUUGUUCUGCUUUCCUAUUGUAAAUACUUCAGAUACUACUAUCUGAUAAUUGCAAGAAGUGGUUUUUUCAGUUC